CUGGUUAGCUGCGGUUCAGAGUUGACAGGUUGAUCACUGCACUGUGUGUGUCGUUUAAAAUGUCGGAGAAGGUGCCUCAAGGAGACUCGCAGGCCUCUUUCGCUAAGCGGAUCGACCCGAAAAAGGGGCCGCUGACCCCGGAGCAGCUGGCUUUUAUCCGGAGAGUGGAGCUGGAGCAAUGGAAGAAGAACUCUCAGAAACUGCGGGGCCGGAAUAUCUUGACGGGACUCGUUAUCGGGGGCUUGGUGAUGGGAAUCUACGGAUACACGUUCUACUCCGUGUCCCAGGAGAAGUUUUUGGAUGAGAUGGAGGAGGAAGCGAAGGUGGCGAGAAUGAGAGCGCCAAAGACAUCGGCCAACUAAUCCUGAUCGGACUGAGUUAUUUUUAUUUUGGAGAUGCUGCUGCAGCCGCUAUAACCCUUUUGCAGGAGGUCAAGUUUUGUGAAAUGUGUGUUUUCUAUUUUGGACUGCAAACAUCCAGUGCCGGUUUAAAAU